UUUGAAGCCAGUCUCCACCAGCAGGGAGCUCACAUCUUUCAGCUUUUCUAAGUCUCAAAGUCCACAGCCAUCAUGUCAGACACAGAAGACGUUGAGCAUGUCGAGGAGGUCUAUGAAGAGGGAGAGGAGAAGCCAAAGUUUAAACCAUCAGCACCCAAGAUCCCAGAUGGUGAGAAAGUGGACUUUGAUGAUAUCCAGAAGAAACGUCAGAACAAGGAUCUGGUCGAGCUGCAGAGUCUCAUUGAUGCUCACUUCGAGCACAGAAAGAAAGAAGAAGAAGAACUUAUUGCCCUGAAGUCGAGAAUUGAGAAACGCAGAGCUGAGAGGGCAGAGCAGCAGAGGAUUCGGUCUGAGAAGGACAAGGAGCGUCAGGCAAAACGUGAGGAGGAAAGGCAGAGAAGAGAGGAGGCAGAUGUUAAGAAGAGGGCAGAUGAAGAUGCAAAGAAGAAAUCAGCUCUGUCCAACAUGGGUGCAAACUACAGCAGCUAUCUGCAGAAGGCUGACUCCAAGAGAGGUGGCAAGAAACAGACGGAGAGAGAGAAAAAGAAGAAGAUUCUGGCUGACAGACGCAAACAACUCAACGUUGAUCAUCUCAAUGAGGACAAACUGAAAGAGAAGGCAAAGGAACUGUCUGACUGGAUGAAGACCCUGGAGUCUGAGAAGUUUGAUCAUAUGGAGAGGUUGAAGAAACAGAAGUAUGAGAUUACUACACUGCGCAAAAGAGUGGAGGAGCUGAGCAAGUUUAGCAAGAAGGGCGCCGCCACACGUCGCAGAAAGUAAGUGCGCCUUCCUGCAGGCCAAGACUGCUCCAAACAUGAUGGAUGAGAAAUCCACCCCUCAAUCUGUGCAAUAGUUGAUGCAGAUCAAAAGAUCACCCCAACCAUUCUCGAGCUAGAGACUGUUAUUGGGUUCCUAUGUAUGUCGUGUAAAUAAAGUGUGGCUAUAAAGCAGCAGAUCUGUUCUAUUGAAACAUCAAUAAAAUCAACGUUUUUAAAUAUGUCA